AUGGACAUUUUCGCGGAGAAUCCGGCUGACAUGUUUCCGGAGAACGACCAUGCCGAGAGCGGCGACGACGUCCUCGCAUCCAUGUUCCCCGAAAUCGAGAGGGACGUGCUCCGGCAGCUGCUCGACUUCCACGAGGGCUCGGUCGAGCGGACUGUUGACGCGCUCCUAGGGGAGGGGGCGGACGCCGAGUGCUCCCAAGAUGCCGAGAUCGCACGCCGAAUGUCGGAGGAGUUUGACGCCGAGGCCAUCGCCGAGGCGCAAGCCCAGGUCUCUGCUGAGCUCCGGGCAGCAGAGGCGGUCCGGCGGCCGCUUGGCAACCGCACAGCGGCAGCAGCCAAGCAGCUUCUGGAGCGUCUCCGAGCCGGGGGGCUUAGCCAGCAGCGCGGCGAAAGGCUGAGCGCCGCCCUCCUCAGCACUCACGAGUCGCAGGGCAUGGCGCCCCUCCCGAUGUCGGACGACCUGCCGGCUGACUCUCUCACCGGCCCAUAUGACCCGACCGAUCCGGCCGACCUGUACAGCGCGCGCCUGUCGCGUGCGCGCGAGUCAAACCGCUCCUCGCGCGAGGAGCGAGCCCUGGCCCUCUGA